AAUGAAUUAUCACGAACGAAUGAAGGAAAAUCAGAUGAAGGAUGAAAUAACCGAGAGAGAGAGAGAGAGAGAGAGAGAUAGUGAUAUAAGAGGGGAAAUAGUUUAGCAGGAAAUACUUUUACCCACAACUAGAUGGAAAUAAUUUGUGCGAGAAGACGGGCGAAGAAUUUGUGAAAUGAACCGAAGUCACAUCUGAAGUCUUGGGCGUGGCGGCUUUGGGAGGGGCCGCGCUCAGAGACAAGCUGCAGUGGCAGCACCAGACAGUGAAGCUGACACACAUGAGACUUCCCUGGUGUGUGUGGGUUUGUAUGAGACAGACAGACAGAGAGAGUCAUUAGAGAAGACCACCUGUCCUGCUGAAUGUCUAGGCUGGAGACAUCCAACAGUUUCCACUUUCUGGUCCUGGUCCAAGUCAAAGGGACAAGAGGGUUUUCUCUCCAGCCACAAUGAGUGAUGUUGUCAUUGUGAAGGAGGGAUGGCUACAUAAGAGAGGAGAAUACAUAAAAACAUGGAGACCAAGAUAUUUCUUACUCAAGAGUGAUGGUACAUUUAUUGGGUACAAAGAGCGGCCACAAGAUGUUGACCAGCUGGAAACUCCACUCAAUAACUUUUCAGUAGCCCAAUGUCAGCUGAUGAAGACGGAGCGACCGAAGGCAAACACUUUUAUUAUUCGGUGCCUGCAGUGGACAACUGUUAUUGAACGCACUUUUCAUGUUGAGACCCCAGAGGAAAGGGAGGAGUGGACGAAGGCCAUCCAGGCUGUGGCAGAUAGUCUACAGAAGCAGGAGGAAGAGAGAAUGGACUCUGCACCCGACCUUAUGGACAUGGAGAUGUACCUGUCCAAACCUCGACUCAAAGUGACAAUGCAUGACUUUGAAUACCUCAAACUCUUGGGGAAAGGCACUUUUGGGAAGGUCAUACUAGUGAAGGAGAAAGCCACGGGAAAAUACUAUGCCAUGAAAAUUCUUAAAAAGGAGGUUAUUGUAGCAAAAGAUGAGGUAGCACACACACUUACUGAAAACCGGGUCCUCCAGAACUCCAAACACCCUUUUUUAACAGGUUUGAAGUAUUCUUUCCAGACUCAUGACCGAUUAUGUUUUGUUAUGGAGUAUGCAAAUGGUGGAGAGCUUUUUUUUCAUUUAUCGCGAGAUCGUGUUUUUUCGGAAGAAAGAGCACAGUUUUAUGGAGCAGAGAUUGUCUCAGCCCUGGAUUACCUUCAUUCUGAGAAAAACGUUGUUUAUAGAGACUUAAAGUUGGAGAACUUGAUGCUGGAUAAAGAUGGCCACAUAAAGAUCACUGAUUUUGGCCUGUGCAAGGAGGGAAUUACAGAGGGGGCAACAAUGAAGACAUUCUGUGGUACACCAGAGUACCUGGCUCCAGAGGUUCUUGAGGACAAUGAUUAUGGCCGGGCGGUGGACUGGUGGGGGUUGGGUGUAGUCAUGUACGAGAUGAUGUGUGGCCGGCUGCCCUUCUACAACCAGGAUCAUGAGAAACUCUUUGAAUUGAUCCUCAUGGAUGAGAUCCGUUUUCCUCGUACACUUGGACCUGAGGCAAAAUCUUUGCUGUCAGGACUGCUUCAGAAAGACCCAAAGCAGCGGUUAGGUGGAGGUCCAGAUGAUGCAAAAGAAGUCAUGCAGCAUAAGUUCUUUGAAGGCAUUGAGUGGAAAGAUGUUUAUGAGAAGAAGCUUGUACCACCCUUUAAGCCCCAGGUAACCUCAGAAACAGACACUCGCUACUUUGAUGUGGAGUUUACAGGGCAGACCAUCACCAUCACACCCCCAGGCCAAGAUGAAAACAUGGAGUCCUUCGACAGUGAUAGAAAACCCCACUUCCCUCAAUUCUCAUAUUCUGCCAGUGGCACAGCAUAAAAAGUCUUUAAAAGAAUACUUGACCUAGAAAUAUUUGUGAUAAUUUGCUUAACCCCAUAUCAUUCCAAAUCAGUUUGACUUUGUUCCAUAUGUGAAACCUAAAUAUAUUUUUUUAUAUCCUGGCAAAA